UGGUCAGCUCAGUGGAAGCCGUGGCAUUGGAAUCGGUCCUGCGGAAUUAUUCAUUGUUGGGACGCGGGAGAAUACUUGCUAAGGAGGACAAGGCGAUGAGGAAUGUCUCGAACCGGGUCAAGAUUUGGGCGUACAUGGGCGCCAUGAUGGUCAUCCUUUACACUUAUACCCACAUCUCAUUGCCAUUCAAGUUUAUGAAAGGGUAUGGGAAGUCCACUAAUCCAUCUCCACAAGAACUUGGGUCUAUGAGUUUCCGUACAUCGAUUACAGACCCACAUGGUGCCGUACUUUGGGGAAAUCAGCGCGAAUUGAACCAGAGCGUAGAGAUUCCUAAGUUCAAACAAGUCAAGGAAAGGGAUUACGGCAAACUCCCCUGGUGGGACGGAGGCCAGUGCAUCUGCGACAGCAGGGGAAGUUGCAAGUCCCUCCAUCCUUACCUUCGCCAAACCGAGACCAAGAAGACGAAAGGUACUACGUGCGGCCAAAGAGCGGCAGCUGACGGAGACGAGCAGCGAGUCAUCAGUCUCUCGCUUUAUGGAGAGAAUCCUGGCUACUGGAAUGGGCUGCCGGAAAUUUUGUCACAGGCGAGACUCCUGUAUCCAGAAUGGAAAGUCUGGCUAUACACGAAUCCACGAAGCAGGAUGAAGGUUCUUUGUCCGCUGUUGCAGAAGCACGACCACCUUCGAAUUUGCGAUGUCACUAAUCUGCCCCAACCCCUUUCCAACAUUUCUAAGGUUAAUCCUAUGUUUUGGAGGAUUGCCCCUCUAGGGGAUCCCAAGGUAGGAUCUUUGCUCGUCAGGGAUUCCGAUUCCAAGUUGACAGAGCGCGAACAGAAGGCCGUCCAGGAAUGGCUGGAAUCUGGGAAGACAUUUCACGUCAUGAGAGACCACCCCCAGCACACCACACCCAUUUUAGGCGGGAUGUGGGGAGCCAGAUGGGGCCGCCAAUCGCUCCCUCGUAACUCGUCCCGUGAGGAGAACAGCCUCUCGUCCUCGCAUCAGGCUCUCCGCGCCAGGAGUCUGAGACGGAUCAGAAACAAGAUAUUCGUCGAGGCAUAUAAUGACAGGGCUUACGGCUCUGAUCAGGUGCUGCUCGCGAGGAUUCUGUGGCCUUCGAUGUGGUCAGUGAUGGCUCACGACAGCUUCUACUGCGAGGUCUAUAGCUCCGGUUGGAGACCUUGGCCGACGGAGAGGGUCAACGGCUCUUUCGUGGGUCUCCCAAGAUAUCGUAGAGAAUAUGCCAACAUCACGCUGGACAAAGAAUGUCCCCUAGCCUGUCGACCUCCAAAUCACCUCAAUUGGCUAUAUUGCUGACUUGGAUUUUUCUCGUCACAUUUCACUCAUUUAUUUAUUAUUAUUUUUUACGAAGCAAUAGAAACUAACUGCUGAUAUUUAAAAAAAUGCUUUGAAUUUAAAUGAUAGACUAUAACCUCCUUUUCUUAGGCCUACAGUAAGUCAGGUGUUUCCAAAAGCAGUUUGAAUGAAAAGCUGACAAUAUGUACAUACAGCAAUCUUUCGAUUAUAUGGAUUAACAGAGCCAAGGACCUUUUGGAUAAGAUAAAAAUUCGAAUAGUCGCAUAAAACUCCACGGGAUCUAAAACGCCAUCUCCGUAUCUUUAGGCACCACUUAUCUUGUCAAUAUCACACAUAUGGCUAAACACUCAAUAAGCUUUUAAACAACCACCAAGAAUCAAUUAGCUAGGUUAUUUUCCCUUAACUGUAACAAAAUAUACUGUAUAAAUACCGUCUGUAGAAAGAAGCUGAACCCCUUUUGUUUGUUUGUAUGGUGCUUUUACGUUGCAUGGAACCAGUGGUUAUUCAGCAACGGGACCAACGGCUUUACGUGACUUCCGAACCACGUCGAGAGUGAACUUCUAUCACCAGAAAUACACAUCUCUCACUCCUCAAUGGAAUGGCCGAAAAUCGAACCCGCGACCACCGAGGUGGGACGCUAAUACCAUACCAACCACGCCGCUGAACCCCUUUUCUUCUCUGGCAUGCAACAUUUAAAUUAAUUAACCGACAACCCAUGGUGACCUACCGACUGCUUCGUAAAUUGCAGUCGAAAUUCACUAGGCAAGCCCUCAAUAUAGAGAUGUUUAAUAUUUAAGCCUAUGAAAUAACAAACAUAUUAUUGGACUUAUCUGGUUCCUUUCUGAAUGGCUCCAGAGGCGGAGGAGUUUCUUAUACACCAUAACACCACCUAUGUCGAAGUAGUGUCCCAAGCCAACUGGUUAGUGGUUACACCGUUACUGACGUUUGCUGCUCUAGGCUAAGCCAUAUAGUCGUGAAAAGCCAAUGUUGUCUCGUACGCAAUUCUAACUUAUUUCCUAUUCGUGAAUAUUAAGAGUUAUUAUAUAGAUUAUUUCAGUUUAUACAAAUAUGACUUCAUUUUAUUACGAAUAGAUAUUUAAUAAUAAUUAAUCACUUUGUUUCAUCUAAUAAUGGAUAACGACACGACUUGAACGGUAGUUAAGAAUCGCGUAACUAAUUUAUCCAACGAAGUCUUGAGCACCGUUAACCAGCUUAAACAGCAACACGUUAAUAUUCAUUUAGAAUUGCUACGUAAUCGAAGCUCGUAUUUAUUCAGCAUUACUGAACAAGGCAAUAUAUUUAAACGAUAUGUUUAUUUAUAAGACUUAACAAAUGAAUAGUUAUACAUCCUUAACCACCCAUUAUUAGUAUUUAAUAAUUGCAUUCAUUAGUGUUCAUCUUAGGCCAUGGGAGAUUUUUAUUAUACCUUUUAAGUUUAAAUCAAUACGAUUUGAUUAUCUCAUUGCAUUGUUCACAUUACUAGUGUGAGCUUGAAAAAUGUAAAAUAAACUACGAAAGUACUCAAAUUCCUCAGUUACUCACCACUGUUGUAACUCCAAAGACAGACAAGUGUAUUAUUAAUGUCAGGUUACUGAAUCCAGCAAUAAGGAGGACUAAUAAUUCGCAAACAGUAUUAACUUCUCCGGGUGUGGUCAUUUUGGCUAAUUUACAAACAAUAACAACGAUUUAUAAGGAUGUUCCA